AUGCUCGGCUUCCUCGCCCUGCUCGCCUCCGCCGCCGCCUACAAGCCGCACAGCCUGCUGCGCUGGCGGCGGCGCGCCCUGGCGACGCGGCUCCGCGCGACGCGGUCCCUGGCGCUGCCCCUCGAGCUCGACGACUGGGCGCCGGCGAGAUACGCGUCGCCGAUGGAGUUCGGCGAGGCCACCGAGCACGCGGCCCGCGCGCUGCGCGUGCCCGCGGCGCUCCGCGACGUCGCCAACCCCUACGGCAUGCACAGCCACCUGGCCAUGACGCUCUUCGGCGCGGCCGCCGCGUCGGCGCGGACCUUUUUUUUCUUCCCGCGCGCGCGAGCCUCUCCUCCUCCCGCAGGCUUCGCCGCGUACCCGGCGCUGACGAGCGCGCUGACGACGCUGCCGCCGCCGAACGCGAGCGAGGGCGGCUUCUUCUUCUCGCUCAUGUCCAUCGUCUUCGGCACGCUCACCGCGUCGACCAUCUCCGACGCCGGCGACCGCCUCAAGGCGCUCCGCGCCGCGGCCGUCGAGGAGGCGACGCUGCUCCUCACGCUCACGAAGCGCCUCGAGGGCCUGCGCUACUGCGACGCCGACGAGGGCCUCGCGGCGCCCGAGGCCGUCUUCGCGACGUGCGCCGCCGCGGCCUGGGCGCACACGUCGGACCUCAUCGACGGCACGCGCGACGACGAGCUCGCGGCGCUGGCGUCCGGCGACGACGAGGUCGUGGCCAUUCUGGAGACGCUCGUGGCGUCGCAGGCCAUGUGGGACGGCGGCCGCGGGCCCUCGGCGGCUUCGCACGUCGACGCGGCCGAGCGCCUCGUCGAGGCGCGGGGCAAGCGCCUGAGCCUCGAGUCCGCGUCCAUCCCGCGGCAGCAGUACGACGUGCUCCACGCCCUGUCCGCCGUGCUCGUCGUCGCCUACGCCUACCUCACGCUCGACAAGGCGCCGCCGCCGCACGCGCUCGGCGCGUUCCUCGGCGCCGACGGCGUCCACUUCGACGGCUCCAUCGGCGUCCGCGUGCUCUUCUCCUUCAUCGUCGGCGCGCUCGGCGUCUUCAACCGCCUCGCGGGCGACCUCAACCGCCUCAAGGGCGACAAGCUCGAGUCGGCGACGGUCGCGGCGACGCUGAAGAAGGUCCGCGGCGGCCUCGCGCCGGCCCUGGGCCGGAGCCACAUCGCGCUCACGCCCCGGUCCAAGCGGAGCGCGCGCGGCGGCCGCGAGUCGCCGUCGCCGGUCAAGUUCUUCGGGUGA